AUGUGGCCUUCACCACCACACCGCACACAAAGCGGCGGCCUUGUGCACAUGGCGGAGAUGUGCCGGCUGUCCCCGCGGUUGUAUCAGCAGCCGACGAGCUCAGCCGGGAUGCGGCCCCUCGGAGGCCGCGAGAAGGGCAGGAUAUUCGGCCAUCUGCCCGGAGGAGAGCGCCUCGCCGCCUCGGCCGGACGGCGUCUGGGCAGAUCCGUCGGGCGGCGGCCGUCCCUGGCCUGCCAGCCGCCCGCCGGCGCAUCACGCACCGCGGGAGGAACACCGCGCACGAUGGGCCCAUGCGCCGUGCCGAUGACAUCUGGGACCAGGACCAUGGAGCGCAGGGGCAGCCUGGCCGGCGCGGCGGGCGCACCAGAGGGCGACGAGGAACCCGAGGAAGCCGCCGAGAGCGAGACCCAGGAGGCCAUGGUGGACGCCGAGUCCGGAGUGAACGCCGGCGGAUUUGGGUGGGCGCCGGGGCCAGAGUGGCCGCCGGUGCAGGCUCGGGGGAGGGGCUCGGGCUCGGGACGAUUGUUUUCUUGUUAA